AAUCAGAUGAGAGUGACAUCAUCAUAACAACAAGGCGUGUGGCGUGUUAGGAACGGGAAGAACUGUAGCUUGAGUUUUUGCUGAAACAACCGUAAAGAAGUAUUAUUUUGUCAAGGAUGGCCUAUGUCAAGAGUGGCUGGCUUCUUCGUCAAAGUACUAUUCUAAGGAGAUGGAAAAAGAACUGGUUUGACCUGUGGUCUGAUGGUCGUUUGGUUUUCUAUGAUGACCAGCAUCGUCGGGACAUGGAGGAUAAGAUAUACUUGAAAGUGGACUGCAUCAACAUCCGCUCUGGGGACAUGUGCCGAGAUUUCCAUCCUCCAGAGGGAAAGGGGAGGGAUUGUUUACUGCAGGUGGUGUGCAGAAUCGGGAGGACCAUCAACCUCUGUGCUGAAAGUGCGGACGAUGCUUUGGCUUGGAAGAUGGCUCUUCAGGAUUCAAGAGUAAACAUGACAUCGAAUGGCUCUCCUGAAGGAUUCACCGAAUCCACUUUUGCCUCUGCUCCACCCCCCUACACUGAGUAUGCAGCACCCGUUCAACAGGUUUACAACUAUGACCCUCGUGGAGCCUAUGGGCCAAUGCCACCUCCGGGCUCUCAAGUUUAUGCAUCAAAUGGACAGCCUUAUGCAGUGGCCUACCAGUAUCCAUACCAAGGGUAUUACCCGCCACCAGGAGUGAACCAGGUGAUUGUUCGAGAGCGAUACCGUAAUGACACUGGAGACAUCGCGAUGGGCAUGCUGGCCGGGGCAGCAACAGGCAUGGCACUUGGAUCACUCUUCUGGGUUUUUUAAAUAUCACAGUCCGGACGCAGUGGCUUUAAAUUAUAGAGGCAUUGUUCUUGUGAUGUAGAAGUGAGUUCCUUCGUCUGUGCUAGCACACUUAUCAAAGCCUUUAAUGUGAAAAACACUGUCACACUUUCUGACUAGUUUGUGACACACUCCUUUUCACUCCGAUUCUGUGAAUGUACUUACAAGAAGUUAAUAAGUAGUUAAUACAAAUGGAAAAAUAAUGGUUUGUUUAGUUGACUUUUAAUAUUAUAUUACUGUCUGCAUUUCUUUUUGCAUGCCAUUAACCCACAUUUUGUGUUUCUUUACAAGAUUGUUUUCCUUCAUUUAAAAAAAAAAAUAAAUAAAUAAAUAAAAAAUAUAAAAAUUAAAAAAUAUUAUUUUCAAAUCUACAUGCUUAAAGAUGGUCUUCUGAAGUUUGUUUUAGUUCUUUUUCCCAAGACAUUCAAAAGUGCAGGGAUAUUUAUUUUCCUUUUUGUGUGUUGAUUUUUAGUAAUCUCUGUAUUUGUAAUUAAUGUAUCUAGGUUGUUUUGGUACUGUUUGUGUGUGUUCUACUAAUUUACCAGAAAACUUGGAGACAUCACCCAAAGAACUUAAUCUUUAAAACAGCUGCAGUAUUGUUUCUUGCAACUAAAUAAUACAAUUUUUUUAACUUGUUUAUUAGUCUGGUGUGAGAUGUAGCAAAGACUGCCAUAACACGUUGCACCAUUUAAUGAGGUAAAAUCUAAAUCAGUUUGUUCAAGUCUUAGGUUUGUUUGUGUCGUUUAGUGUUACUUUUGUCCUUUUUGUUGUUUUUGUAUCAGCUGUCGGGGGGGCGGGGGGGUGGGGGAUUCUUUUACCCUGUUGGUCAGGUUUUCAGUUCAACGUGUUCCUCUGUUUUGAAAAGGGAAUUCAGACAGACCCAUUAGAUGUUACAGCAUUUAUCUGUAACACUGUUUUCCCUGCUGAUUUUGGUUAUCUUUUGUUUUCUUUAAUAUUACGUUCCCUUCCAUAUAAAACUGUGUUUUUGUGCUUGAAUGUUGACUUUUACAGCAUUUCAAAAUUGAAUUGUCGCUUGAUUUUUACUUCUAUAGACUUGGAACUCUCCACAGUAUAAAAAUAGAUUGGUCUGCGUGAAGUUUCUUUCAUUUAUUUUUUGUUAGGGGAAACAAGUGCCCCCAAAUAAUUCUAGUACCAUAGCCAUACCCAAAUGUAAAAUAAGGACAAGAAAUUAGUAGUCAGUUAGUGUAUACUGAAAGGAUUUUCAUUCAGUUAAAAGUGGAGUAUAUUUUAAAACAUAACAGUAACAGUGGUUCACAACUGGAUAGGAUAGUCUUCCAGGAAUAGAGAGUAGAUAGUAUUGGCAACACUGUUCAGGAUAAAAAGAGUUAU